GCCAGUGGCGGCGGUCGUUGCUGCGGGGUGUUUGGUGAAGGAACCAUGCCCGAGUACCUGCAGGAUCCCUCCGUGCUCACCAAGGAGCGGCUCAAGACUGAGCUGUUGGCGCAUAGCGUCCGCCUGCCGCUCGGCGACCAGCGCAAAGAUGUCUAUGUGCAGCUCUACCUCAAGCACCUGACGGCCCGCAACAGCCGCCGCAGCCCCGACUUCUCCAGCGACGAGGAGGAGGGCCUGGGCUCGGGCCGCCCGCACAGGAAAUCCACAAAGAAGACAGACAAAGCUAAUACAACAAUGAACAAUUUUAUUGAUAUGACUCAGAUGACAAACGAAAACUUGAGAGAACAACUUAUGAAAUACGGGUAUUCUGUCGGCCCUAUUGUGGAUACCACGAGGAAAGUCUAUGAGAGGAAGCUGGAGCAGCUGAUGGACCAAGCUUCAGCAGUAACCGAGGAAAAUCAGCCAAAUGGCAGCACCGAUUCUGAUCAAUACAGUGACACAGAAGAAGAGGUCAUUGUUGCAAAAGAGCUGUUUCCAACCAAAACCAAGACCCCUGUGACCAGGCAAAGAAAAACAGAUAGCAGUCAGGCGGAACAAAAAGAAGUAGUGAAGGACAAUUUGCCGGAGGAAAUGCUCCCCAAUGAGGCACCAACACUCACAGGGAUAAGUGCCACUUGCCGUAAACCAAUCAGGGGGGCUGCUGGGAGGCCAAUUGAGUUCACGUACAAGGACGCACUUCCGAGAAGGCCUGUACCCCAGCUGCAGCCACUGGCACAGGUCAAACCAGAGAAGAGCAAAAGCCGACGCUCCAUGCCCAUCUGGAUACAGAUUGUGGUGCUCCUCAUCGUGGCACUCUUCCUAUUUUUGGUUUAUCAGGCCAUGGAAACAAACAAAGGGAAUCCAUUCCCUAUGGUUCCAGAGGUCCCUAGACAAGUGGCUGAUAGUCAGUGAGCUGGGUGAUGCAAUAUACAUAACCAUGGGCAUGUCCUCAUCCAGGUCUGAAUGAACAGUUUUGUUUUUGUUUCAAAGUGGACAGGCUGGGGACAGGGUUAAGAGAGAUAGCUGAAGGAAAUCGAUUAUGAGGUAAUGUUCCUUAAUGUUGCAAAAAAAGGAAAUUGGGCAGCUGAACUGAAAUGGACAUUUUCAUGCCUUUGCACUUCAGGAUCACUUGAUUCGAAUUUUAAGCCUCGGGUUUCUUGGUAAAUUAUUUUUCUAAAUUUGAACUUUUUUUUUAAGAAACAAGAUGAUCACGGUACAAUUGGCACAUUCAGGGUAACAAAUGUACACUGAUACAUGUUUGCUUUGCAUGUUUGUAGAAUUUUUAAGUAGUUUUCAAUAAAGAUUGUAUAUGAAGUCAGUAAUUUGCAACACACAAAAUGCUGGAGGAACUCAGCAGGCUAUGCAGCAUCAGUGGAAAGGAGCAAUCUGUCGACAUUUUGGGUUGAGACCCUUCAU